UGUUUCUGCAACUACAAAAACACACACACACACCUGCUCGAUCGCAUGAGGCUAUAACCCACGAUCCGAACCGAUCCGCGCUAUAUCCCGUGCAUUUCCAGGCCCCAAAGUCCCGCUAAAUGGCAACACACCUGCUCCGCAAUGGCGCUACCUGUUGGCUGCUCAGGAACUGCAUUUCCCGCCAGGCGACAUUGAGACGCUGCCUGCAUGUGACCUCCAGUCUGGACAAGUCGGUCUCCUUCCACCUCAGCGACAUUGGCGAGGGCAUUCGCGAGGUGACCGUCAAGGAGUGGUUCGUGAAAGUGGGCGACACCGUGGAGCAGUUCGACAACCUUUGCGAGGUGCAGUCGGACAAGGCGUCGGUGACCAUCACCAGUCGCUACGAUGGCAAGAUAACCAAGCUGCACCACAAGAUCGAUGAGAUUGCCCUGGUUGGCAAGCCUCUGGUGGAUUUCGAUGUUCAGGAUGAGGAGGGCGAUGAGGCAGAGGACACAUCUUCCUCCUCUGAGAGUUCUGCCAGCGAAACGGAGCGGGAGAAGGCCACUGGAGCAGUUGCCACCUCCACUGGUGGUCGUGUCAUCACACCCGCCACGCCCUCCGUUCGCCGCCUGGCCAAGGAGCACCAGUUGGACCUGGCCAAGGUGCCGGCGACGGGCAAGAAUGGUCGUGUGCUUAAGGGCGAUAUCCUGGAGUUCCUAGGACAGGUGCCUCCGGGCACCAAUGUGCCGCAUCCCACACUGGUGGCCAAGAAGCCGGAGGCUUCUGUAGCUGCUCCAAUUCCAGUGCCCGCCGAUCGCGUGGAGGUGCUCAAGGGAGUGCGCAAGGCCAUGCUGAAGUCGAUGACGGAAUCCCUGAAAAUCCCGCACUUUGCAUACAGCGACGAGAUCGACAUGACCCAGCUGGUGCAGUUCCGCAGCCAACUGCAGGCGGUGGCCAAGGAGCACGGUGUGCCCAAGCUCACAUUCAUGCCCUUCUGCAUCAAGGCCGCCAGCGUGGCUUUGGCCAAGUAUCCCAUUGUUAACAGCUCGCUGGAUUUGGCCAGCGAAUCGCUGAUCUUCAGGGGAUCGCACAACAUCAGCGUGGCCAUCGAUACGCCACAGGGUCUGGUGGUGCCGAAUAUCAAGAACUGCCAGGCGAAGAACAUCAUCGAGAUAGCCAAGGACCUGAAUGCACUGGUGGAGCGCGGACGCACUGGCUCGCUGUCCCCGUCGGACUUUGCCGACGGCACCUUCUCGCUCUCGAACAUCGGAGUUAUUGGCGGCACCUACACGCACCCCUGCAUCAUGGCGCCCCAGGUGGCCAUUGGGGCGAUGGGCAGGACCAAGGCGGUGCCGCGCUUCAACAACAAGGACGAGGUGGUCAAGGCGUACAUAAUGAGCGUCAGCUGGUCCGCCGACCAUCGCGUCAUCGAUGGCGUGACCAUGGCCAGCUUCUCGAACGUCUGGAAGCAGUAUCUGGAGCAGCCGGCCCUCUUCCUGCUGCACUAGGCUGCCCGAAACUAAAAGCUAACUCCCACGGAUAAGGCUGUUCACCCGAUGCAUUUAUCUAGACAUAUCUAACUCUGUAAAUUGUACGACAAUCCGUUUUGGUCCGGAGCAAGUGCCAUGUGCCGCCGCCCAUCCCCGAAAUGUGCAUUUAUAGGAGGCAAGCUGCUCUGAGCGGCUCCUCGAUUACUUUAAGCUCCUGGCGCACAUGGCUGGCCCUCCGUCUACCUUUGUCUUUUUUUUUGUUUACCCGCAUUUAUAUAUCAGUUUUUUCGUAGUUUGAUAAGCAGCAGCUUUAGCGUACAGUUCAACUGUAGUGUGUGCAUUUAUUUUAAAGCUUUGUUUUAAUGGCUGUCCAAUAAAUAUCCCAAACGGUUUAUGUGAA